AGAACCGGAUAAUAAGAAAAACUCUCCUUCCUCAAAAUCUCAUCUCUCAAAAACGUGAGUCCCCAAAAACCAUCUCCCCUAAACACUCUUGAAAAAACACUCAUUAGCGUAAAAGAAAAACCCAAACUGAAAAACCCUAUUGAACCCAUAGCUAACGCAUCAAUUGCUUUUCUUCUCUCUCCAUCCAGUCUCUGUCUCCAAAGCUUCCACCUUUGCCGGUCUUCUUUGUUUACCAGUGGGGUCUGUUCUUUCAGGGACUUUCACUCUAUUUAACUGGAGCACGUUCAAUAAUUAGGGAAUGAUGUCCAGGGGCUAUCAAGGCUAUUGGAGCAUUUAAAGCCAACUGCAGUGGCUGAUGCAGAUGUGAUUUUCAGUGUGGAAAGUAAAAUACUGGUAUUAGGUGAAGCAUAUCAAAUUUAAAGUGAUCCACUGCAUCUUCUCAAAAAAAAGAAGUGAUCCACUGCAAAGAGAUGCUUAUUGUUAUACAUAAUUUUUCUAAUACUAUCCCGUGCAUUUAGUGACUAGAAACAAUUAACAUCAAAACUAGAAAACUGAAAACCCCAUUUCCCUCUUUCACUCUCUCUCUCUCUCAAACCUCAAAAAGAUGGCUUCCAUCCCUUUCCUCCGCCUCUCACCCACCACCACCACCUUCAACCUCAAACCCCCCUCACUCCCUUCCCUUCGUAUCAUCAAACCCACAUACACCCCACCACACCCACGAAAACUCACUAUAACUCGCAUGUCCUACAACCCAACACCAGCCACAGAUCGCUUGAUCUCCACCAUAGCCUACACUCUCCCUUUCUUCAACUCCCUCCAAUACGGCCGCUUCCUCUUCCACCAAUACCCACCUCUCGCCUCUCUCUUCAACCCUCUCCUCCCCCUCCUUUCUCUCUACAGGUCCAUCCCUUACUCUUCCUUUGUUGCCUUCUUUGCUCUCUACUUGGGUGUUGUUAGAAACCCAAGUUUUUCCCACUUUGUUAGGUUCAACUCCAUGCAGGCUGUCACUCUUGACGUGCUUCUUGUGCUACCUGUUUUGAUUCAACGGGUUUUCAGCCCCGCUCGUGCUGGGUUUUGGUUCAAGGUCAUGGUUUGGUUCCAUAAUUUGCUGUUUGUGUUUGCUGUUUUGUGCUUUGUUUAUAGUGUGGGGUGUUGUGUUCUUGGGAGGACACCCUACUUGCCUUUUGUUGCUGAUGCUGCUGGUAGGCAGAUCUAAGUGGGCACCUUUACUUUUUUUUUAGGCAUUUCAUCAAACAGUUGUUGUUUGUGGCAUUUUGUCGAACACUUUGCUGUUUGUGAGUUGUGUUAAAUUGAUAAAUGAUAAAUCUGUGUACCCUUUUUGGGUUUUUGGUUUUG